GGUUGCUAUGACGGCAGAAUGCCCACCUUCCCGGCGCCGCCAUCUUGUUGUUGAUUCGAACUGUAGGGAGCAGGUGAGGGAAGUCUUGAAGCCGGCCUGGGGGGACCCAGCAGCAGCACCCCCCCGGCCAGGCAGGGGGAAAUUUACGUUGGCUGUUGGUGCCUAAUCAUUCAUUAGUCUAACUGAGGAGUGAUAAUUUUCUCUUUGAGAAACUGCUCCUUCCACCACAUGCAGCUCUCCCUAUGCCCCAAGUGUGUGACUGGCGCCCUACGCAAUGUGUGUUUGUCAAACCAUGGAGGUGGGGAAGCAUGGCAAGAACGCAACCCACACAGGAAGCCGAGGGGUCCUGUUGGAGCCUUUCAUCCAUCAGGUGGGCGGCCACAGCAGCAUGAUGCGCUACGAUGACCACACUGUGUGCAAACCUCUCAUAACCCGAGAACAACGCUUUUAUGAAUCUUUGCCUCCAGAAAUGAAGGAAUUCACACCUGAGUAUAAAGGUGUAGUGUCUGUCUGUUUUGAGGGAGACAGUGAUGGCUACAUUAACCUGGUAGCAUAUCCGUAUGUGGAGAGCGAAACCUUGGAGCAAGAUGAUACACCAGAGAGGGACCAGCCACGUCGUAAACACUCCCGCAGGAGCCUCAACAAAUCAGGCAGUGGUAGUGAGCAUAAGGAGGAGAAGGCAGGGCUCACUUCUGAGACCUCGGAAAGCAUCCAGGACACAAAGAGCCUCAAGAGCUUCCAUUCAGAUGUUCCAUUUCAGAUGCUAGAUGGAAAUAGUAGUGUUAGUUCUGAGAAGAUCAGCUUUAACCCGUGGAGUUUGCGUUGCCACAAGCAACAACUGAGUCUCAUGCGCUCGGAGUCUAAGGAACGAAAGCUCUACAAAUUUCUUUUGCUGGAGAAUGUGGUGCAUCAUUUCAAACUUCCCUGUGUGCUUGACUUGAAAAUGGGGACCAGACAACAUGGGGAUGAUGCAUCUGAGGAGAAGGCUGCUCGGCAGAUGAAGAAAUGUGCACAAAGCACCUCAGCUACACUAGGAGUCCGAGUCUGUGGAAUGCAGGUCUAUCAGCUGAAUACAGGGCAUUAUUUGUGCAGGAACAAAUAUUACGGCAGAGGUCUUUCCACUGAGGGCUUUCGCAGUGCCCUUUGCCAGUACCUGCACAAUGGCAUAGAGCUACGAAAGGACCUUUUUGAUCCCAUCCUCAGCAAAUUGCAGAGUCUAAAGGCUGUGUUGGAGAGGCAGGCCUCUUAUCGGUUCUAUUCCAGCUCCUUGCUCAUUAUUUAUGAUGGGAAGGAUACUCGAUCUGAGACACACCUGGACCGCAAAGCAGAGGUGCGCCUAAAACAAGUGGACCUCUCCCCCGCUGACAACUUACAAGAUGUCAGCAACACAGAAUCCGUCUCCUUCCAGCCCAAGGUGGAUGUACGUAUGAUUGACUUCGCACACAGCACAUUCAAAGGCUUUCGGGAUGACCCCACUGUACAUGAUGGCCCUGAUAUGGGGUAUGUGUUUGGACUAGAGAGCCUUAUCAACAUAAUAGGUCAGAUGAGGGAUGAGAAUCAGUAGCCUUGGGCUGGCCAAUUUUCUCUCCCAAGGAUAGGAACAGACAGGACCCCUACUGGCACAGAGAAAGCAGACUCUUCUGCUUUGAAAAUACACUUUGUUUCAAUGUAUUUGACAAAGGACUUGAUAUCCUGGAUGAUCCUGGCAAAAUGGUUUUCAGUUUUCACUAUCGGCCUGAACUCCUUGUGGGACAAAUCAAUUCAUGGCUCCAGUAUAGGGCAUUUUGUCUGGGGCUUGGGAUCUGUUGUGUAUAGCCCUUGUCUUUCAGAAACGUAGAAACUCCCUCCCCCCCCCCCAAAAAAAGAAGGAGUGGGUGUAGAUGUUGGGAUUCCAAUAGUCCACUUCCUUGUCAACUUUCCAACGCGGCACAGUGGUUUGAAAGUCUCUUUUUUGUGUGUGUGUUCAAAAUGGGCAUUCACAUUCAAGCUUUUGAGGCUGAUCGAUGCACACGAUUUACACAGGCCCCACUCUGUUGUUUUUUGCCCCUGAGCAGAUGUGAAAUAGUCUUCUAGAGGGAACAUAUAAUAUAUCAUUUAUCUUCUCCAACCUGGUCCUUAGCAGGUCAUCCCAACUGGGGAAAUAAAUGACCAAAGGCAAACCAGUGCAAUGCUUUAAUGAUUUUGCUUCGCAUCAUUUUGAUGAAGCUUCCGUACCUCCCCAAUUUCCUGCAGUUGACUGAAAUGAUUAAUUCCAGGAAUACCUAAUCAGAUGUCCACAACAGUGGUCUUGAUGUCUGUCUUCACACGACACUAAGGUAGCUAAACAUACUUAAAAUACUUUCUGGGAUUAAUGAUGUUUUAUCAGGUAUGAAUUCUUUCCUCUGGUAGACCCAGUAGCCUCCAGCCUCAGUCACACCUAAACCCUGUGAUGCUGAAUGGUCCUUCCCCUUCCCUUUCAACAGCCUUCCCUGCCAAACUGAUAUUUUCCACACAGCUUCCAUCCACACUAGUGAAGCACUCAAGAGGCAGUUGAUGAGAAGUUGGCCUUUUUGUUUUGAAAACUCAUUCCCACUGUGGAUGGAAGAGCCUGUUUGGCUCUGAAUGAUGGCCUUCUGGUAAAGAGUACUAUCACCCGUGCUUGUCUUCACCUCAGGGAGCUGGUGUUUGCUGGCCUUAUUCCUACAGUUAGUAAUCUCACAAUAGAAAAUUUGUAGCUCUUGCAAGCAAAAACACAGCACCAAGAAGUGUUGAACGGACCCUAGAGAAUGGUUGCUCUGGUUAAGGCUAGGCCUAGCGGAGAUAAAUGCACUACUAGACCUCUUGGAAAAUGCACUUUGUGGGAAGGGAUUUGCUACCGUAGGGAACUGAUGUUAUUAAUAUUGAGGACAGUGAUCUUGCGGCUCUGUUGUGGACGUUUUUAAGAAGAACUGGUAUUUGACUAAAAGUCCUUGUGUAGAAUCUGUGCCUCCCUUGGGGUGUGUAUGGCCUUUAUACAAAUACCUGCAAGCAUUUUUGGGAUUUUUUUUUUUUCAUCAAAGAACUUCUGGUUGAGCUUUUUUAUAGUGCCAGUACGGACCUGCAGAAGCAAACCUUGCUGAGGCUAUUUUGAAAGGCAGGUGAGAGAGUCACCUUGGUGCAUUGACCAUUCAGGACUAACCUUGGGUCUUGCUUUUUUUUCCCACAAGGCAAAAAGAUGUUUGUGCUAGGAAGAAAGUAAUGCAGCUCUUCCAGCAUUACUCUUGAUUCCUGGAUCUUUUAAAAAAAAUAUAUUCUGUGAGUUACUUCUUGACAUUUUUGUGAUUGUGGCACCAUAUUCUAUGUCCCAUUUUAGAUCAACAGUACCUUUCAAAACAUCUGUAAAAAUUUGAAGGCUGGAAGGGAAUUUUUAUCCCUCCAGUUGUUAUCAACAAAAAUCGAUCUAGAAAGCCACUCGACGGAGUUUACUUCCUGUCUAAUGAUUGCCUUGUUUUAAAACAGAUGUGUAUAAAAUACUUUUGAACUAUUCAGAUUUUUACACCGCAAGUUCUAGAGCUUGUAAAUAGCUUUUUCCCCCCUUUCCUGUUUCAGGUUUUCAUAAGACUAGUAAUUCUUUUUGCUCAGUGCAGAAGUACAAAAAUAGUAAGAAUAUGUUUUUGUCAGUAUUUUAGCAUUGUGGUUUGCUUUCAAACAGUGUAAAGCACAGUUUUGUUCUAGAGCAGUAAGCUUUCCAGAUUCAAAUCUUUAAUUUCAAGAUAAGCAAAAAGACAGUUAUUGUUUUUGGCGAGUACCUUGUAUAUUUGAUAUACAAGUACCUUGUAUAUUUCCUUAAACCAAAAACAGAUGGAAUUAGUUUAUCAGCCUGGGUGCUUAUUAUACACGUGCCCUUAAUUUGUUUUUGUUUUUUGCAGAGCUUAUGUAUGAAUGUGUACAUAUGCUUCUGGGCAGUUUUAUCAGCACUAAAGUGGUUGGGAGAGUACAGGCAAAACUGUGUAAGGAAACAUUCAUAGGAAUUAUUAGGAAAAGAUCCAGAUUAUCAGAACAGGUGAAUUCAAGUAGACUUCAUCAUACAAAUUAGAUUUAAGGCAUCCAUCCCUUUUGGCAUUUGGCAAACCCAUCUUCUGCAGCCUGGCAUUUGCUUUGAAUUGAAAUUACUUCUGUAGGGCGAUAGGGCCUUCUAAAAGGCACCGAAAGGUAUACAACAAAUCCAAAGAUAGAAAACUAAACAUUUGCCUUCCUCAACUUUCCUCCACAUGCCUUGAGAAAUGUGGUAGUUAGUUCAAAAGUGCACCUUUCAAACGAAAGGAAUAUUCUAGGUCUCUGGUAGCCCUUCUGGAGUUGUGUUGUUAAAUAGUUUAUGGAUCUCUUAUGCGUAACUGCCAAGUAGAUGUUCCUGUUGGUGCUGUUUUACAUAACAACUGUGGAACUUGGUCCAAGAAAGAAUAUGUCCCGUGGUAAGUAGGCCAGAGAUGCUUGAAUGGACAUCCAAGGUCUCUCUCUUCCUUAAACCAAAAACAAAUGGGAUUCAAUCUACAUAAAACAAAGUUAACUUGUCCUAUGUUUUUUUCCCUAUAGCAUUAGUUCAUCUUCUGUUUUGUUACUGUUAAUAGGCUAACAUAAUCAGUAAAGCAAAAUGCAACAUUCAGUGUUGCAGCCAAACCUCUUUUUUUUUUUUCAAACCACAGAGGCCAUUGACCAUUGAUGGUAAUCUGCCACUUCUCUGUAGGUUCUACCUCAUGACUGAAGAUAGAAUAACACAAAAUAGUAAUCAGGAUUUUCAUGCUACUUAGGGGCGUUGUCCCUGAACUGGAAAGCUCUAUUGCAGAUGCUGUGGAGAUAUCUGAGGUAAUUUGCAGAGAUAAAAACAAAACUCUCCGUAUGACAUUUGGUGGGCUUUUUCAGUUGCUGUAAAGCAACUUGUCCUUUUCUUCCCGUGGUUAAGCCCGGGGUAUUGAUAUUUCCCUUGUAUUUUCUAAUUCAUCAGAAAACAGGAGUUUACUCGAUCCAAUAUUAAGAUGCACAGAGGGUCCAUGUGAGAGUUUGAACCUGCUUGGUAAAGGGGAUGCUGAUCAGGAGAGCUGUAUUCAAAAAAGCCAUUUUGCAUGCAUUAUAUACAUUCAAGUCCUCUUUUGAGGACUUUUGUAAAUAAACUUUUCAGUCUGUUCCUUCUGGAACAGCAGAGUCUGUUUAUUGCCCUUUACGGUUUGCUGAUACUUACGUCCAAUAGUGAUGGCUCUUAUAGCAGGAUUUUGCACGUACUGUGUAGUUGCCUUCAUAUAGAUGAUGAAUCAGCUUUUCAGCCUUCCGGAAUACAUAGCCAGCUCUCUUUUCUAGCAAUACAUAGGCACUGUUAGCAUACAUAGGCACGGUUCUCUUAUCUUUCUAAUAAAGGCCAAACGGGAGUUCACCAUUCAAUUUAUUUUAUAUGGCUGGCAGUUAUUGCCAUGGAAGUGUCUCUUCCUUUCCUCAACUAAGGUUACUACUCACCGUGCUUUUUAUCAAUGUUUGAUCUUGUUCUGUUAAGUUAGCUUGUGCUCUUUCAGUUUGAACGGGUGCUCUUGACCGACACCUUUUGUAGCCUGGAACUGCUACGUGAUCUGUUUGAAAGAUUUGUUCAAAUAUUUCCUCUUGAGCUGACCUUUGGAGAAUCUUCCGUCUGUGAGUCCAAGGAAGAUCUCCGUGUCACGGAGACCAUAUUGCAUUAGGAUUCCACGCUCUUAACCAUUUUUUGCACCUUAAGAAAGCUGAAAGAAGAAAACCUUUCCAAGUUUCUGCUAAACGCUGGUAGAGACUGAACGCUAGUUUUGAUUUCGGUAGCCUUAUCCUUUCUGCAGCUACGUUUCCAUGUGCAUCCUAUCCUUCCACAGAGGACCAAAUCAGAAAGUGAAUGCGAGUCCAGUUGCCUACUUGCUGCUCACAGAUUGAAUUUGUCGGUGUUGCUUUAAGAGGCCCAAAAGAAGUUUCCACUGGGGAAAAGCACUUUCGCUAGCCAGCUAAGAUCUAGUUUGGGAGCUACACCCAGCAGCUUGCUGCAAGCCCAUGGCACCUGACAACGCGACACGUUCUGCGGCUCUGGGGAUAUAACGUGGAGGUACAAUCUGUGGGUGAGAGUUGCUCUAGCGCCAGGGCAAAGGAUCCUGCUUUAUUGCUUGCUGGAAAAGGGUCUCAACAGACAGUUUACCUUUUAAGCUUAAAAAGAGGCAAGCUUUAUUGCUUUCAGGCUUCUUCUUUUUUUAAAAAAAAAAAAACCUCUCUGAUUGAGGGGAGGGGGAGAAAGACUCAAGGCUUAUGUAUUUUGCUUGCUUUACAGUAAGUCUGGAAAGAGUCAUUCAUCAGGUUCCGGCUUUGGUUGUAUUUGUACUAUUACUGCAUGCUUAUCUCAGGAGCAAACUAUCGUUUUUUAUACUUUUGAGAAGUGUAGGGGCAGAAUGGUCUCUGUGAGAACUGCUUUGAAAGGGAGAAAAUGUUACAUACUGUGAGAGCAAGGAGCAGACCUGCACCCUAGGGAGUGGCUCCCGCCUGUCCCUUUCGACUUGCCUGGGAGGGAUGCUGCGUCAUAUUACAAAUUUCUAGUAUAUUUCCCAUAGUCUUUAUUUCAGUGCUUUUGGGCAUGAGAAAUAACAGUAUCUUAACUCCAUUCACUGCACCUUUAGCUCUCCUGUUGUGCAUAAAGUCCUACGUGUAUAUAAAUAAAAUGUGGACAUUUAUUGAG